AUGCAAAAGAAAAAUCGAAAUAUGGCUGAGACAGUUGAAUAUGCAGCAUCGAGCCCUGCAAUAAUUGAUGAAAUUACUACAGAAGAAAGUAUUAAGAAUUGUGUAGGAUAUAAAGCUGAUGCUAGCGAGACUAGUCUCGUCGUGUGCACCUGGAAAGGGUGUAAUAAGUAUUUUACUAGGAUGGACAAAUUUACAAACCAUCGAAGCCGUGAUCAUGGUACAGCGGACGUAGCAACAGACAUUUGGAUGUUUGGUAAUAUGAACAAAGGUGAAAUGUCAAAUAGCAAUACGACAAAGACGUCUGAAAGUGUUACCUCACCUAUCAUAUCAAAGGCUUCUGCGCAUUUGCCAGUAAAUCCUUCAACAAUUAAACCAGAAAAAACUGAAGUGGAAAAUCCAAACUUGCCAGAUAUUCCUGUUCGAAUGACUGCAGUUACUGGAUUAUCAAGACCCCAGAAGCCAACUAAGGACCAACAAGAAUUUCAAAAUUCAAUAGAUACAUCUUCAUUUUCAAACAAACGUCUCCGUGAUCCAUCUCAAACUGAAGAACUUAAGAAAGAAUUACCCAAUAAUAAAAGAAGAGAAACGACACAGACACUGCCACAAUUUCCUGGACAUAAUAAUAAUGAAAUGCGUCAACCACAAAGGCAGAGACGAUAUCCAAUAGAUGAAGAACAAUUAAUUGGACCAGAUGGGCGUAUAAGAUACCCACCAAGAGGAAAUCGAAACCAAAAUAGUCCGAUGUAUGGAAUACCAUACGAUACAGGAGAUCCUCGUUAUUAUAAUCCUAUGCAAAUACAUCCUAUGAACUUUGGACUCUCUCCCUAUAGCGAUUUGUCACCGCCGCCUCCGCGUUAUGAUGGUGGUUAUGGUGAUAUGUCAUAUG